CCUCAUGUGAUUUUUGUUGCUCCUGAAAAGACAAGAGCCAUUAAAUUAAUUGAAACAAUUAAACAUAUACUAACAGAGGCAGGUAAAAGGAUAAUGCAAGCCCAAGUUUUGUCUGCUGUAGUGAAAAGAGUGAACAUAGCUAGAACAAUAAAUAAUGGACAGAAGUAUAUAACUGAUCUCAAAUACGUAUAUAAUGGAAGGAUUGCUGUUUCUGUUGAAAACACUAAAGUCACCAAUCCUUCUUGCCUAUUUAGAGAUGAUUCUAUUCCGUUUCUCUCUACCCAUGGAUCCUGUUUGUGUGUAUAUACAGAUGGCAAUUCAUAUGCGAGGUUCUUUUUUUGGAAUAUUUGUGAUAGAUCAGUGAAGAAAUGUACAAGAAGUUUUACCUAUACAAGUUAUCCUCUGCCAGGUCAAUUAUAUGAUUCUGAUAAGAUCUACAGUGUUUGGCCUUUGCCAGUUGUAGAUAAAAGUGGAUACACAAAGUGGCCAGAUGAACUAACUCGUGGAUACACACCAAAUGGAUUAGCAAUGUGCAAAUCUGGAGCCAUUUUGGUUUGUCUUUGGAACCAACAAGUGCAUAAGCGUUCACAAGGUAAAGUGCUCAAGUUAUCUAAUGAUGGAUGUAAACUGUUUGAAAUGGAAACCGAUAAAAAUAGGCCCCUUUUUGUCUGUCCAACGUACGUAACAGAAAACGGCAAUGAAGACAUCUGCGUUUCUGAUGUGAACGCGGUGGUCGUCACGGACGCGGGAGGCUUUCUGAGAUUCCGGUACACAGGAACACAGAGUGAUCCACAAUUUGAUCCAUACGGUAUCUGUUGUGAUUCCAAGAAUAACAUCAUUGUAGCCGAAAUGGUGAAAAACAGAAUUCAUAUGAUUGAUCCGAACGGUGAGCUGCUUCACUACAUUAAAUAUAAAGACAUGCACAUGCCACGCGUCCUCUGUAUAGACGAGCAUGACAAUCUGUAUAUUGGGGAAUGGUUGUCUGAAGAAAUCAAAGUACUCUCACUUCAAUGACAAAAAAUAUUUUUAAAAUUCUAUUAUAGGGUCACAUUGCUUAGGAUAAAUGUAUGAAUAUGUAUCAUUUGUAUAAUUAUGACUGGAUAUACACUGUGAAUCAUUCGAAUGAAUGUGCAUUUUACGGAUUAUAAGAUUAUAACUUGUAAUGUAAAUGUCUUUUGUACCUGUCUAUCUCCUUUACUAUAUAAUAGAUUAGAAGAUUGAAAGAGAAAUUAGUAUGCACUAUUUCUACCUAUUCUGCAA